GGGAGGAGAGUGAAUAGAAAUGUGCUGAGGCAAUGGCUUAUCCAGAGGACAGCUCUGUGCCGACACUGUAUUUGACAGGGCAUCGCCGGGACGGACACUGCGUAGGGAGGCUCUCUCCGGGACAUCAAAGGUGUGCCGAGGGCAGACUCCGGGGGGGGUUCAUGGGAUGCACUAUCUAUGCAGCCAGCCCUGAGGCCCUGCCUGUGGACGAGGCCACGGGCCAGGACCCACGCCAGCACUUAAACCAGCACCACCCACAUGGUACCUGUAGCCAGAGGAUAGCAGCCAGCAGAGCCAGGCCCAAGACCAUGACUGAACACCAGGAGCAUAAUGAAGAGACAGGCCUCUUGUCGCCACAGGACCUGGAACCUUCCAAGGAGGAGGACUCUCAUGGACCACCGCAGUUCAGGAUACAGUUGAUUGACGACCUAUCAUAUGAAGAUUUAAAAAAAUGUUACAGAGGUUCGACUGUCAGCAAGUACAACUCCCAGUACCACAAACUCUUCCAGUGCGUGCCCAAGGAGGAGAUCCUCAUGAAAGUGUACUCAUGUGCCCUGCUAAGAGAUAUCCUCCUGCAGGGCAGACUUUACAUCUCAAGAAACUGGCUGUGCUUCUAUGCCAACCUUUUUGGCAAAGACAUUAAGGUUGCCAUCCCCGUGGUCUCAGUGAGGCUGGUCAAGAAGCACAAAACAGCUGGCUUGGUUCCCAAUGGCCUAGCCAUAACCACAGACACGAGUCAGAAGUAUGUGUUUGUGUCUCUACUGUCCAGAGAUAGUGUGUAUGAUGUCCUCCGAAGAAUUUGCACACACCUUCAGGUCAAUGGCAAGAAGAGUCUGAGUUUAAAACAGUACAUGGAGGAACCUAACUCCUUAUCUCUGGAUGGGUUCCCAGCCCCAGAUGAGUUCCCUGUGUCAGAUGAGUACCCCCCGGUAUUAAAGUGGAGGAGGAAACCGUCCGUGGUGUCGGUGUCCUCGUCCCUGCCCGACCUCCUGGGCAACUCCACUAGCAUCUUGAGCGCUGUGGACACGCCCUUCCAGACCGAUCAGCCCUUGGAAGAGCGGGAUUUGCAGACAGAGAAGAGUUUUCUAUCAGAGCCUGUACCAGAGCUUGGCCAGAUGGAGUAUCAGCUGCUCAAGUUCUUCAUCCUGCUUAUUAUUCUGCUUAUCCUGUCCUCAUGUUAUCUGGCCUUCCGUGUGUGCAGUCUAGAGCAGCAGCUCUCCUUCCUUAGUAAUCCUACGUUGCCACUUCGGGAAAGGUAACCACUGCUCAACUCUGUGAUCCACUCUGCAGAAAUGUUUAACCUUUAUCGACCCAGGAAGUGUUGUGGCCCAUCAGUUUAGACUGGACAUCUGUAUAGAUUCCUAGAAUUAACUAUGAAGACUCCAUGAUCAACUUCAAGACACAUUCCACUCUGGCAUCGCUUCCAGACUAUGCAAACAGACUCCUUAUUUAUUUAUGGUUUAAAUACUGUAUAAUGUAAUAGUCUUACAGUCAUGUUUACUGUUGUGCGGGCCUCAUUGACAGUUUACAGAGACCAUAGAAGAAAGCAAAUGACAUUCAAAGAUAUCAUGAAUGAACUCAGACAUCUGGCAAAAGAGUGACAAGGAAGAGGAGUUGAGGCCAAGAUUGGGUCAAAUUAGUUGAUGGACUGACCGUGCUACGAGAAGAUAGCUUGUUCAUUUUUGACUCCCCUGCACUUUUCCCCCCUUCAGCUCAACCAGACAUACUGUAGAUCAGUAAGAAAUCCAUUAUCCACUAACUAUCAACUUUGCUCAUGGCAAAAUAGUUAUUUUGGUGCAUUAUCAGACUCGGAAGUUCACAGUAUACUUGUGUUUUUUUUGUGUUGGGGCAUUUGUGCACUUUUGCAGAUUUGUCAAUCGAUCCAAUUGAAGGAACACUAUGAAAAACAUUGUGUGCCAGGCAAUGAUGUUUAUAUAUUCAGUUUAGACUGAAUAUAUAACUAACAUAACUGUGUUAUUCCUGUGACAGGUUAGUGUGUUUACCAAAGAGAGUUAGAUGACACUCAUGUAAGAAACUUUAUUUUACUUUAAUGAAAGUAGUUUAUUCUAGAUGAACUAUGCUCUCCUAAGUUCCUUGAACUUAAACAGAAAGCCAUUUAAACCAUCCACAGUGUGUUAUUUACAUACAGUACCAUGUUUUCAUUAUACUUACUACUUAUACAUAAAUUAAAGCAGCAUAUUAUGCGACAGAAUUUGCAAUCCACUCUGAUAAUGCUAUAUUUUUUUUCCAUGAAGAGCCCAACUUUUGAGUAUUAAAAUAAAGCAAGAUUGUCAAAGAAACAAUUAAGCUAUGUUUAUGUAUCCUGAACAACUAUAAUUAUGUUUACAUGAAAACAAAACUGUUUUUGGAAUUUGUCUAUGUGCUAAGUAGGUUUAGGCACACUGAAAACUUGUUUUCCAUUUAAACAACACAUUGCCCUGGUGUGAUACUGGUCUGAGAUCAGUCCAUCUUCACUUGCGUUCCUUAAAAACAUACAUGUACAUCUGUGAAAUCUUUGACAUGACUGUGGCAGUUUUAAUAAAAAGGAGAAGGUGAAAACACAGGGCAUUCACCAUUGGAAGAAUGUAGCUCGUAUACUAAAUGCAAAGGGUCAUUCAUUGUAUGCAAUUAUAAAACUGUUACAUGUGUGAGUGUAGUUGAUUAUUGUAUGUUUUCAUGUUUUGUUGACUUAUGUUGAUGUUAUUUCUGAGACCCAGUUCCAUUCCUGACACUUCCUUCUUUCUACUAGAUGGAGCCACAUAUUUGAAUGAGAUAGAAAGAGAAAACAGCUGCUGUAUGUUGUUCAUCAAGGCAAGAAACCCCUAUUUGAGAAAAACUGAUUACACACAGCUGUGUUUUUCAGCAUGUAUUAAUUGGUUGAUUUACCUUUUAAAAUAAAGAAGUAUUGAAAGUGUUGUCAACAGAUAAUG